UUCAAGGGUGGGGCUGAGACUUGAAGUUUAGCAAGAGGUGUAAACUUUGAAAACAGUCAAAGAGACAACAUGUCAACUGGAGCUGGAGGGAAAGAGCCUUCAAUUCGCCGCCAUGCUAGAAGGGAAAACAGACAAAGGGGACGACUACAAACAGUCAAUACUGAAGCAAUUAAAGAGCAACAGAUAAGAUCAAGAGAAGAGAGAGAGCAGAAAAGAGCUAGAAUGGACGGCAGACAUGAAUUCUUAUUAUCAACGAUAGCAGAAAGACUGGGCCUUACUAUGGAUGAAGCUGAAGACUUCAUGCUUGAUGGAGAUCAGCUAAAUGCUUUCGACAGCUUCUUUGCUCAAGGUGGUCGGAGUGCCCUGAUAUUCUUUUACAAGGAAACUAAGCCUGAAGAAGGAACAGGAGGUACAAAGGAGAAGUGUCUAUGGGUUACUGAUGGCACCAAAGACCCUUACUCUGGCUGCUGUAUGUUCUUUGUCAGACCAAACUCAUCAAAGCCAAUUACAAUGCUCAACAUUCAUCAGGAGGUGUACUUUGGUAUGCUGGACUCCAAUGGUGAAGGAUUGCUUGGUGCUAUUAAGGGACUGCUUGACCUUGUCUUUAUCCCAGCUCUGGAAAGAAAUGAAAAAUGGGGAGACCUCUCAGGAAUUGAAGCUCAGCAAGUCAAACAGCAAUUCCUUGGGAAAUUGUCCUCAUUCGUUGGAGUUUUAGCUAACGCUCAAGCUAGUGUGGCAGAUGCAGUGAAACUAUCACGCAUUGAAAAUGAGAAACUGUUGAAAUUGAUGACAUUAUCAUCAUCAGAAAUCCUAUCAUCAAUGAAUAAUCAGGAUAUUGUUGUGGCUGCUGAGAAUAUUGCUAUGAAAUGGUGUCAUGAAAUUGAACAGAUUCUAACAGAGUCAGAGCAAAUGAGGAAGGAAGCUGAUGAUGUGGGCCCAAAGGCUGAGCUUGAUCACUGGAAGAAACGACUAGCUCGUUUUGAUUCACUCACUGCCUGCGUAAAGAGCUCAGAGUGUAAAACUAUUGUUAAUAUAUUAAUAGGAGCCAAAUCCAAAGUGCUGAAAACUUGGAAGGAGCUUGAUUUGCAGAUAACUGAUUUCACUAAUGAGGCAAAAGACAAUGUCAAGUUUCUUUACACGUUAGAGAAAUACUGUGAACCAUUGUACAAAUGUAACCCGGUGAGCAUGCUUGAUGCUAUUCCUGGUCUAAUGAAUGCUAUCAGGAUGAUCAACAGUUACUCAAGAUAUUACAAUACCUCAGAGCACAUGACUGCUUUAUUUGUUAAAGUCACCAAUCAGAUGAUCAACGCUUGUAAGGCUCACAUCACAGACAAUGGAUACCAUAAGGUUUGGGAGCAGGAGAGAGAGGCAGUAGUUCAUAAAAUGAAUCAGUGUAUCAGACUCAAUGAUGAGUACCAGCAGUCCUUCCAAAAGACCAAAAGACGUCUUGAAGAUCAUCCUGAAGAAAGACCCUUUGACUUUUCCGAAAUGUACAUUUUUGGAAAAUUUAAUAACUUCGUGAAGCGACUUGAGAAACUCAACGAGCUCUUCAGUACGAUUGGUACCUAUUCAACAAUGGGCCUGUCUCACAUUGAGGGGAUCGAUCAGCUUCACUCUCGCUUCAGUCUAUUGAUCUCUUCUCUUAAGAAGAAGUCUUAUGACGUGUUGGAUCAACGAAGGACUGAGUUUGAUGGAGACUAUGAGGACUUUAAGAGACAACUAACGGACAUCAACGGUCAGCUUGUUCAACUGAUGACUGAUCAUUUCAAUCGUUGUUCUACUACACAACUGGCAAUAGAAGCUGCUUGGAGAUUCGGCAGAUUGAAGAUACCAGCAGUUGAUGUCUCCACUAAGUACCCAGUGAUCCUUCAGUGCUUCCAGAGAGAGCUACAGCAGGUCCAGUCCGAGUACAACAAUAAGAAGUCAAGUCCUCCAAUAGCGAGGAACAUACCUCCUGUAGCUGGCCGUAUUGCCUGGAGCAGACAGUUGUAUCAGAAGAUCACUAAACCUAUAAAAGGGUUUCAAACACUGCCUGGACUCAUUGGCCAGUCUGAGUGUAGGCGUGUCAUCAAAUCAUACAAUAGAUUAGCCCAGGUCCUGGUCGAGUAUGAGCUCCUCCACAUUCAGCUAUGGACUGAGAAGCUUCCUUCAAUAAGGACUGCUCUCACCUCUACCGUCCUUAUAAGGAAUCAAGGUCAACUCUUUGUUAAUUUUGAUCCACAGAUCAACGAGUUUCUUCGAGAGGUCCAGAUACUAAACACAAUGGAUAUUGAAGUACCUGGUGACAUGACUAGCCUCUACCUCAGGAAGAAGAGCAUAUUAGCUAAUUAUGACUCUGUACAGCAUUUGGUGAAUGAGUAUAACAGGGUCCUUGAUAAGAUCCCUGAGCUGUUUGCUGUCCUGAUGGUCCCUCACAUUGAAGAGACUAACAUUGCCCUUAGUCCUGGUAUGAGUAUCCUCCGCUGGACUUCAAUUAAUCUAGAGGGGUUCCUCCUCUCCGCUAAUAAAGCAAUAGCCUCACUGGAGUACCUCAUUGACUCUGCCUUAGGGAUUCACAAUAACCGGAUCAUGGAGGUCUUUGCUCAGAUACAGCUGGUUCCAUUGACUGAUGUUCCUUCCCAUGAGGUCAUUUCUGUUGAGAUGUUUCUCAAAACAACCGAAGAACUUUGUCGAAAAGCUGCUCUGAGCCUUGAGAACAAGAACCUGAUAGUAGAGAAUGCUGUCCUUGAAUUGAUCAAUUUGCUGCUACCUAUGAACGAGUCUUUGAAACAAGAUCAACCAGAAGAUAUGAUGGCCCCUGGGGCAGUAACGCUAAAGAGGAAACUGGAACAAAAGCAGAAACUGCGACAAGAGGCUGACAUGCUCUACGACUACUACCAACAGUUGAAUAUUGAUGCCUUUAUUCAGUUCUACAGGAGUACUCUAGAGAACCUUCGUAGGCGUGUUGCCUUCACUAGCACUUUGUCUUACACGGAAUUUUCUGCAGAGGAAAAGAAAGAGCAUCAUCCUCUCUUUAUAGCAGAUAUAAUCCUCUCACUACCUUGCCUUGUGAUCAGACCAAGUCUUGAUGAAAUACAACAGUCCAUGAAUCAGGCUGUGAAUAUGAUCCUCUCCGUUAUGAAGAGUGUUCACUGCUGGGGGCAGGAGAGGUUGGAUAUCAUUAAAAGUAGUGUCUCGGUUCAUUCUUUAAUAAAAAUGGAACCUGUUUCAUCACUGACUCAACUCAAGACAUACUAUCAUGCUGUGUCUGAACACAAGGAGGUCAAUAAACUAGUAUCUGUCCUCAAUACCUGCCUCAACUCUACAAAGAACAUUGUCCAGUCAACCAUUGACCAGUUUAACAAAUAUGAGUUGCUAUGGGCCAUUGACAGGGACGAGAGAGUCUUGAAAUUUUCCGAGUCUGAUCCAAACGUGAGCGACUACCAGCAGGAGAUGCAUUCCUUCCAGCAGCUUGAGGAGGUGGUACAGCUUGAGCCUGACAUUCAAGAAGCAGGAGCUCUUAGCCUCCACACUGACCAGCUUAAGGUGAUGCUGGUGACUGAGGCCAAGCAAUGGAGAGUCUGCUAUGGACGAAUAAUGAGCCAAAACUAUCAGACAACAAUGGAUAGAGUGUUUGUGUCUAUAGAGGAGUGGGGGAAGAUGCUCUCUCAUCCACUGAAGGAUCUUGAUGAUGUGAGGAGUGUCAUGGGAACUUUAAAGGAGAUCAGAGAGAAUGAGAUUAGGAUUGACAUGUGCCUCGGACCAAUUGAGGAGUGUUACACUCUGUUGCAAAGGUAUGGUAUAUCAGUGAGUCAUGAGGAGGUGGAGAGGGUUGAUACUCUGAGGUACCUCUGGCAGAAACUGAAUAACCAGAUAUCAGUACUACUGACUGAACUACUGGAGCUACAGCCAAAGUUUAAGACAAGUCUAGAGGAGAGUGUGAAGGAGUUUAGAGUCACUGUAGCAUCAUUCACUAAGGACUAUACUGAAAAAGGUCCAAUGGUGAUUGGUAUACCUCCUAGAGAAGCAUCAGACAGACUUGUGAUAUUUCAAAGCCAGUUUGAUGACUUGUGGAGGAAGUUUCAGACCUAUUCAGGAGGUGAAGAUCUCUUUGGUCUCCCAAUAACAGAUUACUCAUCACUCGCUGAUAUAAGGAAGGAACUCAACUUACUUCAAAAGCUCUAUGGACUCUACAAUGCAGUGAUGGACAGUGUGGAUGGAUACUAUGACAUACUCUGGACUGAGGUUGACAUUGAGAAGAUUAAUAACGAACUGUUAGACUUUCAGAACAAGUGCAGGAAACUACCCAAAGGACUUAAAGAGUGGCAAGCAUUCAACGACCUCACAAAGAAGAUUGAUAACUUCAAUGCAAUCUGUCCACUGCUGGAGAGAAUGGCAGAUAAAGCAAUGAAGGAGAGGCACUGGAAGAGGAUUGAAGAUAUCACUAAACACUCCUUUGAUAUUGAGAAUGAGAGCUUUGCUCUUAGGAAUGUCAUGGAGGCUCCUUUACUGCAGAAUAUGGAGGACAUUGAAGAUGUGUGUAUUGCUGCAGUGAAGGAGCAGGAUAUUGAAGCUAAACUAAAGCAAGUGAUUGCUGAAUGGGCAGUUCAUAAUUUAUCAUUUGCUCCUUUUAAAACUCGCGGGGAGUUACUGCUGAGAGGAGAUGAUACUGCAGAGAUUGUGACACUAAUGGAGGACUCACUAAUGGUCCUCAGCUCACUCAUGUCUAACAGGUACAAUGCUCCUUUCAAGCCUGAUAUUCAGAAGUGGGUCAAGAAUCUCACCAAUGCCUCAGAGAUAUUAGAGAACUGGCUCGUGGUUCAGAACCUUUGGGUUUACCUGGAGGCUGUCUUUGUUGGAGGAGACAUAGCAAAGCAACUGCCUAAAGAAGCUAAAAGGUUUCAAAGUAUAGACAAGUCCUGGAUAAAGAUAAUGACCAAAGCUCAUGAGGUUCCUAAUGUGGUCCAGUGCUGUGUGGGGGAUGAGACACUGGGACAGCUACUGCCUCACCUCCUGGAGCAGCUGGAGCUCUGCCAGAAAUCAUUAACCGGCUACCUUGAGAAGAAGAGGCUCAUCUUUCCUCGGUUCUUCUUUGUGUCUGACCCAGCACUACUGGAGAUACUGGGACAAGCUUCAGACUCACACACUAUACAGGCUCACCUCCUCAGUGUCUUUGAUAACAUUAAAACUGUCACAUUCCAUGAUAAGGAGUAUGACAGGAUCACUCACAUUAACUCCAAAGAACCAGAAACUAUUGAAUUAGAGAAGCCAGUUCUUGCUCAGGGAAAUGUUGAGAUAUGGUUGGGGAAGCUUCUUGACAUGGCAAAGAAAUCAGUUCAUUCUGUGAUAAGGAAUGCUGCAGUGACCAUUAAAGAUCCUAACUUUGACCUCAUUGACUUCUUAAACAGUUACCCUGCUCAAAUUGGUCUCCUUGGUCUACAGAUCAUUUGGACAAUGGACUCAACUAAUGCACUGAAGAAUGCUCGAUCAGACAAGAAGAUAAUGGCUGCCACUGACCAAGCAUUCCUUGACAUGCUCAAUUCUCUCAUUGAAAUGACGACACAAGAACUGAACAAGAUUGACAGAGUAAAGUAUGAGACACUGAUCACAAUACACCUUCAUCAGAGGGACAUAUUCAAUGACCUGGUUCGUAUGAAUAUUAAAUCAUCAACUGAUUUUGAAUGGUUGAAGCAAAGUAGGUUCUAUUUCAAUGAUGACAUUGACAAGUGUGUCAUAUCAAUAACUGAUGUGGACUUCACCUACCAGAAUGAGUUCCUAGGCUGUACUGAGAGACUAGUCAUCACUCCAUUGACUGACAGGUGCUAUAUAACACUAGCACAAGCACUGGGAAUGUCUAUGGGAGGAGCCCCUGCUGGACCUGCAGGUACUGGUAAGACUGAGACUACUAAGGACAUGGGCCGAGCUCUAGGGAAGUAUGUGGUUGUGUUCAAUUGUUCGGAUCAAAUGGACUUUAGAGGAUUAGGACGAAUAUACAAAGGAUUGGCCCAGUCUGGCUCCUGGGGCUGCUUUGAUGAGUUCAAUAGAAUAGAACUACCAGUACUGUCAGUAGCAGCUCAACAGAUUUAUGUUGUACUGAUGAGCAGGAAGGAGAGAAAGACUGAGUUUAUAUUCACUGAUGGAGACGUAGUGAGUCUCAAUCCUGAAUUUGGAUUAUUCUUAACAAUGUUUGUUCCUGCUGAUGAUAAUGGUGACUGGGUCCACUGGUCAACACGUGUGGAGGAGUACAUUUAUCCAAAGGACAGUAUCCCUCCAUAUCACUCCAUUCUAGUCCCUAACGUUGACAAUGUAAGGACUGACUUCCUAAUACACACGCUAGCCAAGCAGAGCAAGGCCGUGUUAUUGAUAGGAGAACAAGGAACUGCUAAAACAGUCAUUAUACAUGGCUACCUCUCAAAAUAUAAUCCAGAGGAGCAUUUGAGUAAAGGGCUCAGCUUCUCAUCAGCCACCACUCCUGGCCACUUUCAGAGAUCAGUCGAGAGCUACAUUGACAAGAGGGUUGGGACAACUUACGGUCCCCCAGCUGGUAAGAAGAUGACCGUUUUUGUGGAUGAUAUAAACAUGCCAAUAAUCAAUGAAUGGGGGGACCAGAUCACUAAUGAGAUUGUUAGACAAACUGUGGAAAUGCAAGGAUUCUAUUCUCUGGAGAAACCAGGAGACUUUACUCACAUUGAAGAUAUACAGUUCUUGGCAGCAAUGAUUCAUCCUGGAGGAGGUAGGAAUGAUAUACCUCAGAGACUCAAGAGGCAGUUCAGUGUCUUUAAUUGUACACUGCCUUCAAAUGCUUCCAUUGAUAAGAUAUUUGGUGCCAUUGGUAGAGGAUACUUUUGUGCUGAGAGAGGAUUCAUGAAAGAGUCUAUUGAACUGAUACCAAAUCUUGUGGUCUGUACUAGGAGACUAUGGCAACUAACAAAGAUAAAAAUGCUACCAACUCCUGCUAAAUUCCACUACAUUUUUAACCUUCGUGAUCUCUCUCGUAUCUGGGAAGGAAUGCUACACGUUGAGUCUGAGGCAUUGUCAUCUGUUGAAGUGUUUCUAGGUCUCUGGAAACACGAAUGCACUCGUGUCAUUGCCGACAGGUUCACUAAUGCCGAAGACAAGGAGUGGUUUGACCGCUGUCUGUCAAGAGUGAUAGAGGAGGAGAUGGGAGAAUCAAUUAAAGAUUUGAUUCCUGAGGAACCUUACUUUGUGGACUUCUUGAGGGACCCACCCGAGCCAACUGGUGACGAACCUGAUGAUUUUGAAUUUGAAGCUCCAAAAAUUUAUGAACCAAUUCCAUCUUAUCCUGAUUUAAAGGAAAGGCUUGGUAACUUCCUCCAGCAGUACAAUGAGACUAUAAGAGGCUCUGGAAUGGACCUGGUGUUCUUUAAAGAUGCCAUGGUCCACUUAAUGAAGAUAUCUCGUCUCAUUCGUACUGAUAGAGGCAAUGCCCUCUUGGUUGGAGUAGGUGGUUCCGGUAAACAGAGUCUAACACGACUAGCCUCUUUCAUUGCUGGAUAUAAGACCUUUCAGAUUCAACUCUCUCGAUCAUAUAAUGUGAAUAGUCUCAUGGAAGACUUAAAGGUAUUGUACAGGGCCACUGGACAGGAAGGGAAAGGAAUGACGUUCCUAUUCACUGACCAAGAGAUAAAGGAUGAAGGAUUCCUUGAAUACAUUAACAAUGUUCUCUCAUCUGGUGAAGUCUCUAAUCUCUUUGCUAGAGAUGAAAUUGAUGAGAUCAACUCUGAGCUGAUCCCAGUUAUGAAGAAAGAGUUCCCAAGACGCCCACCAACACCAGAAAACCUUUACAGUUACUUUUUGUCACGUGCUCGUAAAAAUCUUCACGUUGUUUUGUGUUUCUCUCCAGUUGGAGAAAAGUUUAGGAGUCGCUCGUUAAAGUUCCCUGGACUAUUUAGUGGGUGUACAAUGGACUGGUUCAGUCGCUGGCCUAAAGAUGCUUUGAUAGCUGUUGCUCAUCAUUUCAUUUCAGAAUAUGACAUGCUUUGUACUCCUGAAGUGAAGACAGAGGUAAUUCAAGCAAUGGGUGUGUUCCAGGACUUUGUUGCUGAAAGUUGUGUUGAGUAUUUUGAGCGGUAUCGACGAACGGCCCACGUGACACCAAAAUCCUAUCUAUCCUUCAUUGGAGGAUACAAGAACAUAUACACAGAGCAGAAGAAUUAUGUAGGAGAGAUGAGCAACAGGAUGAAGUCUGGUCUUGAGAAACUCAAGGAAGCUGGAGAAUCAGUAGCUCAACUAUCAGAGGAACUUGUUGUGAAGAAGAAGGAUCUUGCUGUAGCCUCAAAAGAAGCUGAGAAGGUUCUUGCUGAAGUGACAGUAAAGGCCCAAGCUGCUGAGAAAGUGAAAGCAGAGGUUCAAAAAGUGAAAGAUAAAGCUCAGUCUGUGGCUGAUGCUAUUGCAGCUGAUAAAGCUGUGGCUGAGGAGAAGUUGGAAAAAGCAAGACCUGCUCUAGAGGAGGCUGAGGCUGCCCUACAGACUAUAAAAUCAGGAGACAUUGCUACUGUAAGAAAACUUGGAACACCACCACAUCUCAUUAUGAGGAUUAUGGACUGUGUCCUCUUACUGUUUCAAAAGAGACUCAAUAACAUGACACAGGAUUCUGAGAGACCUGGCCCUAAGCCUUCUUGGGGUGAAUCACUAAAAAUGAUGAGUCAAGCUGGCUUCCUUCAAAGUUUACAAAGUUUUCCUAAAGAUUCGAUUAACGAAGAGAUGGUUGAGCUACUCCAACCUUACUUUAGAAUGGAGGACUAUAACUCUGAGACUGCAAAGAAAGUGUGUGGUAAUGUAGCAGGACUCUGCUCCUGGACUCAGGCCAUGGCCUUAUUUUAUGGAGUGAACAGAGAAGUACUGCCUCUCAAAGCUAAUCUGGCUGUCCAAGAAGUCAAGUUCCAAGCAGCUCAGGCUGAGCUUGAAGAUGCCAAUCAGACUUUGGCCGAUAAACAGAAGGAGCUUGAUGUUGUGAGAGCUCUUUAUGAUGAAGCCAUGAGCAAGAAGCAAGCACUGAUUGAUGAUGCUGAAAUGUGUGAGAGGAAAAUGAAAGCAGCUUCAACUCUGAUUGAAGGACUAGGGGGAGAGAAGGAAAGAUGGACACAGCAAAGUGAAGAGUUUCAAAGUCAAAUAAAGCGACUAGUUGGAGAUGUACUAAUGGCUUCUGCUUUUCUUUCUUAUGCUGGUCCUUUUAAUCAAGACUUUCGUGGGCUACUCAUGUCAUCGUGGCAGAAAGAAGUACAGAAUAGAAAAAUUCCAUUUAGUCCUGAUAUGAACCUUGUAUCAAUGUUGACCACCUCAGCCACUGUUGGUGAAUGGAAUCUUCAAGGAUUACCUAACGAUGAACUCUCAGUUCAAAACGGGAUCAUUGUUACUAAAGCCACUCGAUAUCCUCUGCUGAUUGACCCACAAGGACAGGGAAAGACUUGGAUUAAGAACAGGGAAGGAAAUAAUGAACUUCAGUUAACUAAUCUGAAUCACAAGUACUUCAGGACUCACCUUGAGGACUGUCUCUCUCUUGGUAAGCCUCUUCUCAUUGAAGAUGUUGAAGAGGAGCUUGAUCCAGCACUUGAUAAUGUACUUGAGAAAAACUUUAUAAAAUCAGGGACCAUGUUUAAAGUUAAAGUUGGUGAUAAAGAGGUGGACGUGAUGAAAGGAUUUGCUUUGUACAUUACAACUAAACUACCUAACCCGUCAUACACACCAGAGAUCAGUGCUCGUACUGCUAUUAUUGAUUUCACUGUUACAAUGAAAGGACUUGAGGAUCAGUUACUGGGACGUGUUAUACUAACAGAGAAACAAGAACUGGAGGUAGAGAGGGUUAAGCUGUUGGAGGAAGUGUCUGGAAAUAAAAAGAAAAUGAAAGAACUUGAGGACAGUUUGCUGUAUCGACUGACAUCAACAAAAGGUUCACUAGUUGAUGAUGAGUCUCUCAUUGAAGUAUUAAGAACCACUAAGAUCACUGCAGAGGAUGUCACUCAGAAACUAGAGAUAGCAGCUCAAACAGAAAUAAAGAUCAACACAGCAAGAGAAGAGUACAGACCAGUAGCUGCCAGAGGCUCCAUACUCUAUUUCCUAAUAGUUGAAAUGUCAAUGGUCAAUGUGAUGUACCAGACUUCACUGGUUCAGUUUCUAGACAUAUUUGACCUCUCCAUGGCUCGCUCUGGAAAGUCUCCUGUGACUUCUAAGCGGAUCAAUAAUAUUGUGGAGUAUUUGACCUUUGAAGCUUUUAGAUAUUCUACGAGAGGUCUUUAUGAAGAACACAAGUUCCUGUUCACGCUCCUCCUCUCCUUAAAGAUUGACAUGCAGAAAGGACAUGUGAAGCAUAAUGAAUUUCAGACUCUAAUCAAAGGAGGAGCUGCUCUUGAUUUAAAGACGUGCCCAGCAAAGAGCUCAAAAUGGAUCACUGACAUGACGUGGCUUAACUUGGUUGAGCUAUCAAAACUCCAACAAUUCUCUGACAUAUUGAACCAGAUAUCCCGCAAUGACAAGGGAUGGAAGGCCUGGUUUGAUGCUGAUGCCCCAGAAGCAGCUCCUAUACCUGACGGGUACACUAAUUCACUGGAUACGUUUAGGAAACUCCUACUAAUCAGAGCCUGGUGUCCUGACAGGGUCCUCCCUCAGGCCAGGAGGUACAUUGCUGAAUCAAUGGGGACUAAAUAUGCUGAAGGUGUUAUAUUGGAUAUGGAUGUCAUGUGGGAGGAGUCAACUAAGAGAAUACCAAUGAUCUGUUUCUUGUCAAUGGGAUCCGAUCCCAGUAAUCAUAUUGAUCUAUUGGCAAAGAAAGUCAAACUCACUUGUCAGGCCAUUUCAAUGGGUCAGGGACAAGAGGUACAUGCUAGAAGAUUACUCCAGCAAUGCCAACAACAGGGUGGUUGGCUACUUGUGCAGAAUGGACAUUUGGCUUUGGAUUUCCUGGACGAGUUACUCAAUUCCAUCCUUGAGACACAGUCAGUACACGACUCAUUCCGUCUUUGGAUGACGACUGAAGUUCAUUUAAAGUUUCCUAUUAACCUCCUCCAGUCCUCAAUCAAGUAUACCUUUGAACCACCUCAAGGAGUGAAGGCUGGACUCAAGAGAACCUAUUCCAACAUCACUCAGGAGCAGCUUGAUAUCAGUAACCUCCCUCAGUGGAAGCCACUCCUCUACACUAUAGCAUUCCUCCACACUACAGUACAGGAGAGGAGGAAGUAUGGACCACUGGGUUGGAAUAUACCCUAUGAGUUCAAUCAGGGAGAUUUUAAUGCUAGUACACAAUACAUACGAUUCCUAACUGCUAUGAGACAAGAGGUUGCAAGAGCACACAAAGGCUGGGCCCUGGACAGUGUAGUGCUAUAUAAUGAGGUUACUAGAAUGAACAAGGAAGAUGUAACAGCUCCACCAGGAGAAGGUGUAUACAUACAGGGUCUGUUCUUAGAUGGAGCAGGCUGGGACAGGAGGAAUUCCAAACUAACAGAACCAACUCCUAAAGUGCUGUAUGUGAGUAUGCCAGUCAUACAUGUCUAUGCUAUUAACACAAGAGAGAUCAGUAAAGACCCAAAACUUUACGCGUGUCCUGUGUAUAAAAAACCAAGGAGAACUGAUUUGACUUACAUCACAGCACUUUACCUCAAAACACUUCAACCUCCUCAUGAGUGGACUCUAAAAGGAACUGCUCUUCUCUGUGACACCAAAUAAUUAACUUUAACACAGCCUCAUGCUUUUUGUUGCUACACUGACCCUUAAUUUUGAUUUUUAGUUAAAAUAAUGUGUAUUACAUAAAUAAUUUUUUAAAAGGAUGGACCACACUACAUGGAA